AUUCAUGUCCACUAAUCAGACAAGUUCCGUGUUUUGAGACUCAUCAUAGCCAUAAUUAUGGCGAUACCUGAUUGAGAGUGCACUCCGAUCGGCGCCCGCCGUGAACAAACCUCCACUAUGACCAAACUUGCCGCAGCCAGCGUUUCCAACCAGAUCGUGCGAAAGAGGAAGAGGAAGCAUACGCACCCCGAUGUAGCACAGACUGCUUCUCCAGCAGAAGUACCCACCAUUGAGACCCACGAGGAACAUAGCGGACCCGUCACGAUUGGCAUCGUACCCACGAAAACACACGAUGGCGGCUCGAAACCGCAACGCCGGCGCAAAGCUGGAGAUGCUACCUCGAAGCCUACCCUGAAGAGAAAGAGUUCCUCGACAUUCGUAGAAACCUCCAUAGUAUGGCCUGAGCAUUUUAAGAAGCUGGAACAAGUUCACAAAGCUCUAAAUCUUGUCUGGACCUUCUGCUCAACCAGAAAGCAUAUCUCCACGACUUUUGAGAACAUCAAGGGGUCUGUUGAAGGACACAUCAAGCGAGAGCUGCUCAUAGGAGACAUUGCACAGAUACAAAGGUUGAUACCUCGAGGAGUGAGCCUUGCGUAUGUAGAUGAGGCGAUGCUUCAGGUCAAUCUUAUGGGAGGAGAGCAAGCGGCGAAGGAUAAGUAUCUGAUGCCUGAGCCAGAGCAGGCUAGCGAUACAAGCAAAGAGGUGCUGCUAUUCGAGUUCAUCGAUGGCGACAUGAAGCGACAAGUGGCAAAUGCAAAAGGCGAGGCAACAAAUCCUAUCCGGAAGCUGCGACAAGAAGAUCUAAAAAUGCCUGUAUUCAGUCACAAGCAAAUGAUGAGUUGGAUUGAGAAGCGUAAUAAGAAGUUCACUUCUGCUGUCAAUGAAUAUCUCAACUUAUGUCAGGAGGCUGGGCGAGACCCGGAAACCCACAUUCUUUCCGAGAAAGAAAAGUUCAUUCCCCGACCCUCGGAAAGUAGACAUUCCUCGCCCGGCGCAAUUUCGCGGUCUCUUAUACCAAGCACCAUACCAAAAGAGCGGAAGUCCAUCCGUGAGAUUAUUGCAGAAAUCAAGUCUCAAGACUGGUACACUGAACAAAUCGUCCCUGAUGGGCAUCGCAUUUUCGACCCACAGCCACCUGUAUAUGGAGACCUAAACUUUCAACUUUCCCAAAACAUGGUAGAUGCCCUUUUCAACACCCGUAAUAUCACUCAAUUGUACCAACAUCAGGCUGAAGCCAUCAAUAAUCUGUAUGAGGGCCAUAAUGUCAUUGUAUCAACGUCCACGAGUUCUGGUAAAUCCCUCAUUUAUCAGAUACCGGUCUUGCACGAACUAGAGAAGGAUCCACUGACGAGGGCAAUGUACAUUUUCCCAACAAAGGCUCUCGCGCAAGACCAGCGUCGCAGCCUAAAAGAUAUGUUGCGUUUCAUGCAAGGUCUCGAGGACAUAGUCGUGGAAACUUUUGAUGGCGACACACCUAUGUCAGAUCGCGCUCGUAUUAGGGAUGAAGCUAGGAUCAUAUUUACGAAUCCCGACAUGCUCCAUAUCACAAUCCUCCCUAAGGAAGAAUCGUGGCGAACCUUCUUACAAAAUCUGAAGUUCGUCGUCGUGGAUGAGCUACAUGUUUAUAACGGCUUGUUUGGAUCACAUGUCGCGUUCAUAAUGCGGCGACUGAGACGAAUCUGUGCGGCAGUGGGAAACAGAAAUGUCAAAUUCAUCUCGUGUUCGGCUACGGUUGCUAAUCCUGAGCAACACAUGAGAACCAUUUUCGGUGUUGACAAUAUCAAGCUUACAGAUUUUGACGGAUCCCCUUCAGGCAGGAAAGAAUUUCUAUGCUGGAACACACCAUUCAAAGAUCCGAGCGAUCCGACCUCUGGGAGGGGUAGUGCUGUGGACGAGGCUGCCAGGCUCUUUUGUCAAUUGAUCCUGCGUGGGGUGCGCGUCAUAUCAUUCUGCCGUAUUCGGAAGAUGUGUGAGGUUCUGAUUACUGCAAUUCAGUAUGAGCUUGAUCGAUUAGAACGACCAGAAGUGAAGGCAAGAGUUAUGGGCUAUCGAGGAGGAUACACACCACAGGAUCGACGACGUAUUGAACGCGAGAUGUUCGACGGCAAGCUUCUGGGGAUCGUAGCGACAAGCGCCCUGGAACUUGGCGUGGAUAUUGGCUCACUUGACGCAGUCAUAACUUGCGGUUUUCCCUAUACUAUAGCAAAUCUGCGACAGCAGAGUGGACGUGCUGGUCGACGAAACAAAGACUCGUUGUCUGUUCUUCUUGGGGACUGCUUCCCAACGGACCAGUAUUACAUGCAAAACCCUGACGAGAUCUUCACAAAGCCGAAUUGUGAAUUGUCUGUUGACCUUGAGAAUGUCAUGGUGCUAGAAGGACACAUCCAGUGCGCAGCCCACGAGAUGCCGAUACACCCCAAGGACGACCAGAUCUACUUCGGCUCACUUCUCCUAGAGUUGGCAGAAGAUCGCAUGCGGCGGGACUGUGCUGGCUUCUAUCAUACGAAUUCUCGCUUCCUUCCUUUCCCUUCAAAGUUUGUCGCCAUACGCGACACGGAGGAUGAUCAUUUUGCAAUCAUCGACACAACGCAUGGCAAGAAUACUGUUCUCGAGGAACUCGAAGCGUCGCGAGCUUUCUUUACCAUCUACGACGGCGGUAUCUUCCUCCAUCAAGGUCGCACCUACUUGAUCAAGGAAUUCUCGCAAGAGCGUAUGAUGGCCAAGGUAGAGUUUGUCAAAGUAGACUGGACAACGCAACAGCGUGACUACACCGACAUCGAUCCUGUAGAGACUGAGGCGAUACGACAAAUACCGAAAUCGCGAUCUCGGGCGUUCUACGGCCCCAUAAAGAUAAAGCAAGUGGUGUUUGGCUUCUUCAAGAUUGACAAGAAACGACGUAUCCUCGACGCCGUGGAAGUUGAUAACCCUCCCAUCAUUCUCUUUAGCAAAGGUAUGUGGCUAGACGUACCUAAAUCAGCUCUCGACAUCUUGGUAGAUCGUCGCUUGAAUGUUGCAGGCGCCAUUCAUGCUGCCGAGCAUGCGGUGCUCUCACUCAUGCCAAACUACGUCAUCUCCAUGCCAGGCGACGUACGGACCGAAUGCAAGAAUGCACAGAAGGAGUUUGCAAAGCGUGAGUCACAGCGGAAGCGGCCUGCUCGUCUUACGUUCUACGAUGCCAAAGGCGGUGCAGCAGGAUCGGGUAUUAGCACCAAAGCCUUCGACUUUAUCGACCUUUUGCUCCGGCAGGCUUGUGAACGCGUCUCGGCGUGUCAUUGCUUGGACGGAUGUCUCGAGUGCUGCUGUGACGAACGAUGCAAGGAAGCCAACCAGGUCAUGAGUAAAGCUGGUGCUGAGGUCAUACUGAAGAGCUUGUUGAAUUGGGAGAUUGACAUCGAUGCUCUGCCGUGGGGCCCAGAGGAAAGCACACCUGCAGGCAUAGAGACUGUUGUGCUUGCCGACGAAGUACGACCGGCUCGUGGCAGGAUGAUAGACGUCAUACAAGUCAAACGAGAAGAGGGCGAAGAGACGGACACAGCUGUCGUUGAUGCCGUCGCUAGUGAUGGAGAGGAAGGAUUGGAUGAUGAUGACAUCGAUGUUGCGUCUAAGGAAGAAGAGCAUGGAGAUUGAAUUUAUUACACACCUCUAGAUCGACAUUGAAUAGUC